AUGGCCCACCGAUUGCCGUGUCAACCGGCGACGGCGGCGGCGGCGACGGCGACGACAAGACCGGAGGGCAACGGGCCGCCUCCUUCAAUCUCUUCUCAUCGGGGAGCAUGGAGACCACAACCUAAUUCAGAUAAUGGAAGCAAGCAGAAGCAAGAUCUGGCAGCGAAAUGUCUGAUAACAACCUGUUCGUCGUUCCCACAGUGGCAACUUGGCAAACUCAAACCCAACAACCUACGGGAGUAUCGGGGACAACGAACGAGGGGUCCAGUCCUCCUCUUGAAGGCAUGA